GGCCCUGUAACUUGCUCGGCAUCCAAAUAAUGGGCGAAGAUAUUCAUGGAGCAAAUUCUACACAAAUUUAACUCUUUUCAAUUGAAAAUGGCGCUCACUGGUACUAAACUCUCAGAAUUUCCUCUCAAGACAUCACUCCCACUCACAUAUCGCUCCUCCGCUCACAGCUGCGCUUCCUUCUGUCAUUCCAAAUUAUCAUUUCGCAUUCUCAGGCCUUCCUCCUCCCUCCGAACUACAGAGCACAGUGGCGGAAGCUAUUCUUCGUCUCGAGACGCACGUGACCCCAAACACUCCCCAAAAUCAAAGUCCCCAGCUGCCCCAUGGAUCACCAAAUGGCCCUCAUCUAAGCCUCCAACCGAAUUACCGAACCGAAAAGACAACAGAAAAGUUGCUGAACUUAAUGCUGAAGAGACGGUUGAUCAAGUUGAGACUCGCUUUUUUGACAAGGAUAAAGGGCAGAAUGCGAUUGAGAGAAUCGUUCUUCGACUGCGGAAUUUAGGAAUAGGAUCAGAUGAGGAGGAGGAGGAAGAGCAAAUGGCAGCCGGAGGCAGGGAUGAAUUGCCACUCACUGGAGAGGAGAGACUGAGUGACUUGUUGAGGCGAGAGUGGGUUCGACCAGAUGCUAUAUUGGCUGAGGAUCAACAUGAUGAGACGGUCUUGCCGUGGGAGAGAGGUGAGGAGAAGGAUACAGCAGAAGACGGAGAGGGGGGGCUGAAGAAAAGGAGGAUAAAGGCACCAACUUUGGCGGAGCUAACUCUUGAGGACGAGGAGCUGAGGCGACUGAGAAGAAUAGGAAUGAACAUUAGAGAGAGAAUCAGCGUGCCAAAAGCUGGGAUUACGCAGGCUGUGCUGGAGAAGAUUCAUGAGAAGUGGAGGAAGGAGGAGUUAGUGAGGCUCAAGUUUCAUGAGGUACUUGCUCGGGAUAUGAAGACGGCUCAUGAGAUUGUUGAGCGUCGAACGGGAGGAUUAGUCAUCUGGAGGUCUGGAAGUGUCAUGAUGGUGUAUCGUGGUAGUCAUUAUGAGGGACCUACAUCUAGGAGCCAACCUAAUGGAAGGGAUGUUGAAGACCUUUUUGUGCCAAAUAUUUCCACAGGCAAUCUGUCACCAACAAAGGACAGCAAUGCAACAUCGUCCGAGGAAAAGAGUGAGCCAGUUGUGAGGAAUCAUAAACAAGCGGAAAACAUGACAGAGGAGGAAGCAGAAUAUAACGGCCUGCUUGAUGGUUUAGGUCCUCGUUUUGUUGAAUGGUGGGGCACAGGAAUACUUCCCGUUGAUGCUGAUUUACUACCUCCUACAGUUCCUGGUUAUAAAACACCCUUUAGGCUUCUUCCUACUGGAAUGCGUUCUCGACUAACCAAUGCAGAGAUGACCAAUUUAAGGAAAGUUGCCAAAUCACUUCCUUGUCAUUUUGCCUUAGGGAGAAAUAGAAAUCAUCAAGGUUUGGCAUGUGCUAUUCUUAAGCUUUGGGAAAAAAGCUUAGUUGCAAAGAUUGCUGUCAAACGAGGUAUACAGAAUACCAACAAUAAGCUGAUGGCUGAUGAGCUAAAGAAAUUAACAGGAGGUACUCUGCUGCUAAGGAAUAAAUAUUACAUAGUAAUGUAUCGGGGGAAGGACUUUGUUCCAACAAGUGUUGCUGCCGUUUUGGCUGAAAGAGCAGAAUUAGCAAAACAGGUACAAGAUGUUGAAGAGAAAAUGCGUUCUGAAGCUGUUGAUACAACUCCUUCAACAUCAACAGCACAAGCAGGAUCAUUGGCUGAGUUUUACGAAGCUCAGGCACGCUGGGGAAGGGAAAUAUCUACUGAAGAACGUGAGAAGAUGAUGGAAGAAGCCGCAAAAGCCAAGAGUGUUAGGCUUGUCAAACAAAUUGAACAUAAACUAAAUAUUGCUCAGGUGAAAAAGGUUAGAGCAGAAAGGCUGUUAGCUAAGAUUGAAGCAUCCAUGGUUCCAGCUGGUCCUGAUUAUGACCAGGAAACAAUCACAGAUGAAGAGUGUGUGAUGUUUCGCCGGGUUGGUCUAAGAAUGAAACCGUACUUGCCACUUGGUAUACGUGGUGUCUUUGAUGGUGUCAUUGAGAAUAUGCACUUGCAUUGGAAGCAUCGAGAACUUGUAAAAUUGAUUACCAAACAAAAGACCCUUGCUUUUGUUGAAGACACAGCUAGGUUGCUGGAAUAUGAAAGUGGUGGAAUACUUGUAGCAAUAGAAAGAGUUCCCAAAGGAUAUGCCAUUAUCUACUAUCGUGGAAAGAAUUAUAGGCGGCCGAUCAGUUUGAGGCCUAGAAACCUCCUAACAAAAGCAAAGGCAUUGAAACGUUCUGUAGCCAUGCAACGCCAUGAGGCUCUGAGUCAGCAUAUAACUGAACUGGAGAAAACUAUAGGGCAAAUGAAAAAAGAACUUGGCAUGUCUCAAGAUCAGCUUGAAGAUAGUUGGGGUAUAGAGGAUCAUAAUCAAAUGAACCCUAUCUCAGAAUUUAGCCAAAGUGAUGAUGAAGAUUCUGAUGGCUAUAAUGAUGUUGAUUAUGAUGAUGAGGAAGACAAUGAUUGGGAAGAUGAUGAAAAUUCUGAUUCUUGAAGCUUUUAAGGCGAUAUGCAUACCUAUGAAGAAAGGUUAUUGUGCAUCGAUUGAAGCUUCCCUAGUGGCAUCUCUUGUCUACUGCAACCAACUAGGUAUAGGCACUUCUAUAUGAUCAUUUGAUUUGUAGGGAAAUUGGGAGGCGGAUUUACAGCAAUGAACUGAUCAUCCCCGGUUUGCACAUCGCUGUGACCUAAGCAAAAUUCCAUCAUCGUCAUAUGCGGGUCCCCGGAUAUUCCAUAUCCAAUGGCGCUCGAUCUUCUGCGGCUCUCUCUUUUUAGCUUUGAGUAUGCUGGUUGGCUUAUGAGUAACUGUAGACUAUAAAUGUAAAAGUAAAAUCUCUGGUCAAUGGUAAGAGUUCACACCGCUGUAAGGAAAUCCAAUAAAUGAUGUUUCCUUGUGUUCUUUGUUUUAUUCAAUCGAAUGGUUUUGGCCCUAAAUGUGCUUCGAUUAAGAUUGUAAUGGUAAUGGAAUACGUUCCAUUAAAGAGUUAAAUUUGGUAGCCGCAAA